AUAAAAUUGUACGAAGACAGGCAAACAUUUUCAACAAGUGAUCGCAAUAAAAUAAACAAAAUAAUGAAAUCGAUUUUAAUACUAGUUGUGGGUCUUAUGUUGACCUUAAAUAUAAAUGCAGCAAGAGCAAAUGAAGCUCAACCGGACGAAUUAAAACUGCGCAAUCAAUUAUUUGCCGACGUUUUUCUUCUAAAGGAAGGAGUAGAUAAUCUGCAAAUUUCCGUAGAAGUCUUAAGUAAAAGAUAUACCAAUCAAAUGGAAAUUCUUAAAAGUUUGCAAACCAAAUUUCUUUUAGAGGAUUCUAAUGAAAGUGGUGACGUUUGUGAUACAAUCACUGGCAUGUUUAAUACUACCUUUAGAAAGUAUAAUGCCUUUGAAAGUCGUAUAAUGACAAAAUUGGACGAGAUACAAGAUGAGCAGAGUAUGCGUUUAGAUGCGAUAUUGUUGAAGCAGAAAUCAAAUAGAAAUUGUGGCUCUAGAAGCGAUAGCUCUGCAGAUGUGACGCUUAUGUCCGAAACACUAACUGAACUAAGUGAAAAGAUGAAUACGUUUGAGAAAAAGUUUGCUAAAUUGGAAACAUUCGAGACACAAUUGAAUUUACAACAAAGCAAAUUUGAUAAAUUUGUAGAAAAUCAAAUGAAAAUUUUACAAGAAAUCAAUGAGAAAUUGUCUAAAAAUCAACAGCAAUUUGAUAAGUUCGGUCAAGAAUUGACCAGUCUCAAAGAACUUAAGAAUAAUGUUAAACAAGUUAUAUCGAGUCCACGCCCCAAAUUGCCCAUGGAAGUGAUUUUAGGUUUAAGUUCUGCCAAUAUAACAUCAUUGAGAUAAGAAAACUUAUAAUCAAGUUUAUUAUAUAUGUAUUUAUGUGUGUGUAUAUAUAGAAUUAGGAAUAAAGUGUAUGUAUAUAUAAAUUAAAUCUUCUA